UCCCGCUACUCGCCGGCAGUUGCGGAUCGCUCUUAAGUGAAACGUCCCCGCCGCCGCCGCCGCCGCCGCCCCGCGCUCGCCGCCGCCGCCCCUGCCGCCACCGCGGAGCCGCUGCGCGCCCGCCCGCCCGCCCGCCGCAGCCCCCCAUGCGCCGCCCCCGCGGCCCGCGGCGCGAUGCGCGGGGCGCUCCGUGACUCGGGCGGCGGAGCGCGGCCAGGACGCCCCGGCGCCCGCGGCGGAGGAGCAGCAGCCCCGCGGCGCCGCCGCUCCCUGCGAUGACCCGCGGCGCCGCCCGGCCCCGCUCCCGGCCCGGCCCCCGCGGCAGCCCCGCCGCCGCCGCCGCCGCCGCCGCGCCGCCUCCCCCGGCGCCGGCAAAAGUUUAGCGCCGCGAAGUGCCCGCGUCCGCCGGCGGCUCCCCGCGCCCCGCGCCCCGCCCGCGCCCCGCCGCCAACUUUGCCGGAGGGCGGCGGCGCCGCGGCCCCCCAUGCCGCCGCCGCCGCCGGGGCAGGAGCCGCGGCCGCCCCGCGCCGAGCCGGCCCCGCGCGGGUGCUGGUGCCAGAAGAAAAGAACGAUUGAUGGGGAAAAGACACCAGCCUGUAGACACUCGUCCUUUUGCUUCGGAUACUGAUUUAUCAGUGCGCCUGGGCAUCCCCUGUGAGCCGUGAACACGGAGGAUCACUCGGGGUUAUCGACAGCGUAGCUGAAGACCCGCAACUUCACGAGCUAUUACCUGCUCUUGGACAUGUGUUACGAGAAGCCCUGAUAGAUAAGUUGUAAGACAAAGGACAAGCUCUACAUUGCUGUGAAAGGCUGUCAUUUGGGGAUUGUGGCUUCUACCAAAGUCUUCAACUGAGUAAAUCAAACACCGUAUACUAAUGCUUCAUGUCUGAGUUGGAACCUAUUUUACAAAAUAUAUACAUGUACAUAUAUGCAUAAUCUAUAGACUGCACGUACGCCGGUACUGAGUAUACUUACGAAGGUGCCACAAAAGGAUUUAGAGAUGUAUUUAUCAAGAUUCCUGUCACUUCAUGCCCUCUGGGUUACUGUGUCUUCAGUGAUGCAGCAUUAUCCUUCCGUGUGGGGACAUUAUGACGUGUGUAAGACUCAGAUUUAUACAGAAGAAGGAAAAGUAUGGGAUUACAUGGCCUGCCAGCCGGAAGCCAGAGACAUGAUCAAAUACGUAAAAGUGACUCUGGAUCCCCCAGACAUAACAUGUGGAGAUCCUCCUGAGACCUUCUGUGCAAUGGGGAAUCCCUACAUGUGCAAUAAUGAAUGUGAUGCGAGUACCCAAGAACUGGCUCAUCCUCCAGAACUGAUGUUCGAUCUUGAAGGAAGACAUCCCUCCACAUUUUGGCAGUCCACAACUUGGAAGGAUUAUCCAAAGCCUCUUCAUGUUAAUAUUACUCUCUCCUGGAACAAAACCAUUGAGCUGACUGAUAACAUAGUUAUCACGUUUGAAUCUGGCCGUCCAGACCAAAUGAUCCUGGAGAAAUCGCUGGACUAUGGACGAACAUGGCAGCCCUACCAAUAUUAUGCCACAGACUGCUUAGAUGCUUUCCACAUGGAUCCAAAAUCAGUGAGGGAUUUAUCACAGCACACAGUCCUAGAAAUCAUUUGCACAGAAGAAUACUCUACUGGAUACAUGACAAAUAGUAAAAUAAUCCACUUUGAAAUCAAAGAUAGAUUUGCUUUCUUUGCUGGACCUCGGCUUCAUAAUAUGGCUUCUCUUUAUGGCCAGCUUGACACUACCAAGAAGUUAAGAGAUUUCUUUACCAUCACUGAUCUGAGGAUACGAUUGCUUAGGCCAGCAACUGGAGAAAUAUAUGUAGAUGAGCAACACCUGGCACGCUACUUUUAUGCAAUUUCAGACAUAAGGGUAUAUGGAAGGUGUAAGUGCAACCUUCACGCUACUGGCUGUAAAGAAGAAAACAAAAGACUGCUUUGUGAAUGUGAGCAUAACACAACUGGCCCAGACUGUGGAAAAUGCAAGAAAAAUUACCAGGGCCGACCUUGGAGCCCUGGUUCUUAUCUCCCUAUACCUAAGGGCACUGCUAAUAUCUGUAUACCCAGUAUUUCCAGUAUUGGUAUUGUAAAAGCUGUUAUGGCUGAGGAGCUGCCAUUAAACAACCACAUCUUCACAUUUAUGCAGAAUUCUCCUUUCUUCAAAGGAACAGACUGUUAUUGUAACCCUUUUGGUUCAGUCCAUGAUCGCUGUAAUGACAGAGGAUUUUGUGAGUGUAAGGAGGGAACAUCAGGGCCUAAAUGUGAUAAAUGUCUGCCGGGAUAUAUCUGGCACAGCUUGGGCUGUCAACCGAACGUGUGCGACAACGAGCUGCUGCACUGCCAGAACGGAGGGACGUGCAUCAACAACGUGCGCUGCCAGUGCCCCCCGGCCUACACCGGCAUCCUCUGCGAGAAGCUCAAGUGCGAGCGGGACCCGGGAGGCUGCAGCCAGAGCUCGGGCCCGGGGGUGCCGUCGCGGGGCCCCCUGUCCCCGCUCGCCGCCCUCCUCGGCGUGACGGGACUGCUCGUGUUCUAGGGGCCGCGCGGCUGGUGGCACCGCACUCGGACUGCUUCGGCUGCCGCGCGCCACGGGACCGCGGGAUACAACCCGAGCGCUUGCUGCUAAAACCGAAAAAACGAAAACAAGGCGAGAGGAGACAGCGCCGCGCACGGACUCGGCGGGCCCAAGCGAACUAAGCCAUACCGGCGGGCUGGGGGCAGCGCCGCCAGGCAGGACGCCGCACCGCUGGCUCGCGACGGGGCGGCCGUCGCCCCACGCCCCGGCCUGGCCGGGACGGCUCCGAGCGCCCCGACACGGCCGCGGGGCCGCGACGGCGAUGGCUGCGGGCGAGCGCCGGGCACGCCGAGGCGCUCUUUGCUGUCAGCGCAUUGCGGGCCCGAGGAAACCUGCGCGAGCUGCCGCGCCGGCCCCGACUCCUCCCAACGCGUGCUUUAGUGAACGUUGCUCUGUAACCCCUGUUGGUCGAACGAUUUCUUUGUCUGAUGUUAGUGAUGCACAUGUGUAACAGCCCCCCAGUAAAACUCCAGCCAGCCAGACCCUUGUAUACCUUAGCAGCGCGGCACCGGCGCCAGGCUGCGUUCACCGACCGUACAAGAGUGGCUGUAGGACAAAAAGUGUAUUUAUCCUUUUGUAUUCAAAUGAAGUUAUUUUUCUUGAAACAAUGUACAAUGUAGAUUUUUUGUAUUAUUGCCUAUUUGUGUUACCAGACGAUUUGUUAAUGUAUUUAAUUCUAAUCAGAUAAGAGGAAAAAUAUUACUUUUUAUUUAGUCCUUUUCUUUUUCCUUUCAUUUAAUUGUGCAGAGAUUUCUCUGUAUGGGCAACGUGCUGGCAUCAAAGAAUAUCAGUUUACAUAUAUAACGAGUGUAAUAAGAUUCCACCAAAGGACAUUCUAAAUGUUUUCUUGUUGCUUUAACACUGAAAUAUUUCAAAGAAUAAAAAUUCCUGCAUAAACAA